GUACCUACGCUUUCAACUUUGGCUCGGGACACCUGGCGCAGGGCUCGCCACACCCUUUCGUGGCUGCGUUGAGGCGUACAAUCGGAUUCGCCAACGCUACGACCGGCUUAAUCCUUGUCAUCAUUGUUCUGUUGACUUUGAUCACAAUCAGCGUCCUGUCGCUUGCGACUCGACAAAUGAUUGCGUUCGCGCGCGAGGAGGACCACCCGCUAGCGAGCUGGAUCACACGGUAAAACGAGAGGACGAGAGCACCUUUCAAUGCAAUCCUCGUGUCGUCUAUGUUACGGUUCUUGUUGCUGUUGUACAUUUGGGCAGCGAGGCCGCGUUCAUCACUACGGUUGGUCUUGCGACUGCAGGGCUAAUGCUAAGCUAUCUGAUCGCUAUUGGAUGCAUCGUGCAACGGCGACCGUGUGGUCGGGAGCUUUAAGCCACUUGCUGGUCGCUCGGCAGAGCUGGCCUUCCAGUCAACAUUGCUGCAAUGAUAUACAGCUCGUGGUGCGUAUUCUGGUCGCUGUGGGCCGACACGAUAUCAUGUCACAGCAAAGAAUCUCAAUCUCACUGCGGUGUUACUGGCGGGCUUCACGAUUGCGGCAUGUGUGGCUUACUCUUGGAAAGGGAAGGACUGCCAUGUGGCACAGGCGCGGAGAGUGGAGGGAGACGCAGAACAAUGGUAACGAUUCGUUGCGGGACUGUCCAAGUCAAUGAUUCCGGGUUUAUGCGCUCUCCUUCCAGUCAUGGGUACCGGUAUCCUGCUAUGAUCCGCUAAUAUGCGUGUGGCCUGCCUUGGUGGGGGUGGCCUGUUACCCCAGUACA